UAUUUACUCUCCUUUUUAUUUAAGUAUGCUGCAAUUACUUUGUAAACUAUAUUUUAUUUAUGCAUGUUGCACACUGCACAUAUAUUUCAACUGACACUCUCCAAAACCACUAUGUUCAUACAAUAGACUGUAAAAAAUAGGUUUAUACCUGUAAUCAUUGAUACGCUCAGACUCUUAUAAUGAAGAACUUGUAGUAAUACGUAACCGGAAGAAUUAUCGUGGCUUAUUGACGGUCGUUCAUAUACCGGAAGUACGAUAGCUUUCUUGCAUUAGGCAACGCAAAUUCUCAGUUGGAGCAGAAGUCUGUACCUGCGCUUAUUUCUCUCUCCGGGCUCUUAAUCUCCACCAGCAGCCAUGAGUCUGCAGUGGACGGCUGUGGCGACAUUCCUGUAUGCGGAGGUGUUUGCCGUGCUGCUGCUGUGUGUACCCUUCAUCUCGCCCAAAAGAUGGAACAAGUUCUUUAAAUCCCGUUUUGUUCAAACGGUGACGUAUUAUGGUAACACAGCCUUCAUGGUGGCCAUUGCCAUCCUGGUCUUUCUUCUCAUUGAUGCCUUCCGAGAGGUCCGGAAGUACAGUGUGAAAGAUACAGUUGACCUGACCAACAACCCGGUGGCCGUCGAGCACAUCCACAUGAAGCUGUUCAGGGCCCAGAGGAACGAGUACAUCGCAGGCUUUGCUCUGCUCCUCUGCUUGAUUCUGAGACGCCUGGCCACUCUACUGUCCCAGCAGGCCACGCUCAUGGCCUCCAACGAGGCCUUCAAGAAGCAGGCCGAGGGAGCCAACGAUGCUGCCAAGAGGUACAUGGAGGAGAACGAGAAGCUGCAGGACAAACUUCGGGAGGCCGGGAUCGAGAUCCCAGAGGUGGGCGCCAAGCCCGGACCCAGCGUGCAGGAGGAGAACAAGACCCUCAAGGGGGAGGUGAAGAAGCUGAAGGAUGAGCUCGACAACACCAAAAAAGCCCUUCAGAAAUCUGACGGUGAUGUGAAGGCCAUGAAGAAGCAAGCGGAGAACCUCACCAUUGAGUAUGACCGCCUGUUGGAGGAGCAUGCAAAGCUACAGGCAAGUGCCGACUCCCAGGAUAAGAAGUCCAAUUGAUCAGCUGAAGGUGUUUUGCUCCUCAUCACCUCACAGACCUCCUCUUCCUCCACCUGUUUGCUCAUAAAGGACGUGAGUGCUUUAUGCCGCUAGGUGAAAGCACUGUCCAUUACUCUACCUGUGAAACCUCCCCACCUGCACACAUCUGGGAGACGCAAGGCAAAUCUUCAAUGGCCGGCUGGCCCAAUGGUUCCCUUCUGCUUUGCAUUUGAUUUGGUUUUGUUAUAUGCACGUGUGUGUGUACAUAUACAUAUACACACAGUUCGUACACAUUCUUUUUAUAUUUACUAUUAUUGUUUGUUUACAUUCCCUUUUUCAUGCUAACCCGCUUAUUUCUUUGAUUUAUUUUAUUCCCCUCACUGUACUGUGGGACGAGUGCUCAUUCCACAGCUUUCACGUGGUGAUCAGUGUCGUCCAAUAGGACCAAAACUAGCUGCUCUUCAGGAGUGGCUACAGGUGAAUGUUUAAACAGUUUCAUAUCUGUCAACAUCUAUAGAUAUAACCUAAGUUUGAUAUCUGAGUCAUAACGCUCUUGUGUUUUCAAAAGACAUGUAUGUAUGUAUGUAUGUAUGUAUGUAUGUAUGUAUGUAUGUAUGUAUGUAUGUAUGUAUGUAUGUAUGUAUGUAUGUAUGUAUGUAUGUAUGCAUUGGAAGUGUAUCAUCAAGUGAAUCAUGCCUCGAGUCCGUGGUCUACUGAAUCAUUCCCCUUCAGUGUUCUCACGGUCAGUUUGAUGGCAGUGUGAGGCACAUGAUUUGACUUGGCUGCAGCCGGUUAAGGCUGGAUCCCAAGCCCCGUGCGGAGCCUGCAUAAUCUGAUCCUCUGCCCCAUGUACUGUAAUUUACAGGCGAAGUGUAGUGCCCUCGCAGUGGUGGGCAAAGUGCCUUUAGGGGCACAGCCACAGAUUGGGUUUCAAAACAUGCUGGGGGCCAGUCCUACAUGCCCAUGUCGAACCUAAGUGGUAAAUUCUGCUAAAAUUCAGUCCGUGUUGCUAAUCAUUGUUAAAAAUGUGAAAAGUUAUUUCCCUUCCUUAUAUUGCCUCAUAUCGCUCUCUGUUUAAGGCUGACUGGGCCAACGUAUGCUCUGUACUGCUCUGCACCCAGUUUUUGUGACCGAGUUAUGUGUACAGUAUCACUGGUAAGAAGCUGGCCGUUAAGUUUGUUCAGUGCUUUGCAGCGCUGUUCCUUUUUAGCUGGUAGCUGGUCUAGUGGAUGCUGUACAGAUAAAUCUUCCCCAGGCGUGACUCUGAAGAGUGGCAGGACUUGACACCUGUCACUCUGCCUUUUCAGCAGGUGAUCUCUGAGCACGGCCUGUCAGCUCACGUCCGGCAUUCGCUGCGGCCAGCAGUGCCCUCUGCUUCGUACCACGAAUGACAUCAUGAAUUGUGGCACCUGGUAAAAAUAGGCACCUGCAGAAAAGCCCCCCCCAGUGGUAUGGGCAUGAGGGCAGCUGUUGACCACCACAGGGUCUAAGGAAGCGUUAGUCCCCCUGGGACGACGCUAGAUUAUUUUGUGUGAUGUAAAGAUGGCAUAUGGUUAGGGCUUUUAAGAAUGGGCCUGGGAAGAAGACUCCCUGCUCUGUAGCUUCAGGCGAUGGCCAUAGUGCUGUUGUUAGGAUUAUCUUUCUGGAAUGGGACGUUAGGGAUUGUCACGAUGUGUGUUGGUGUGAAAGGGUUUUCUGGCUGUAACAUUUGUAAUUUGCAAGUCAAUAAAGUAAAAAAAAUAAAAAACAAA